CAUGCCAAACUGAAGUCUUAAUAAAAGAAUUUGUUCUUGGUAAACAUGACAGAAUUAGGGCUAUAUUGAAAAUGGAAUCAGGAUUAGUGGUAUUGAAAUGUGAGGAAUUUAAUUAUUUUCCAUUCUCCCCAAGGAACAUGUUCUCAAAUAUUAGAAACAGCAUUAGGGGACUAAGGAAGGACUUAAGUGCUGCAAGUUUGAAUUCAAAUUAGAGUUGUAUUCUCUCCCAUGGGACAACUAAGCUGAGAAAAGUUUUUGAUUUUUGAGUAUCCUACCUCAAAACACUGCUGACAAGCAAUUCACGUGGUACCGUUGUCAAAAAUGUAAGUUAUUUUCAUUUAAUGACUCCUAUAUGUCAACUUUAUUGCUUGCUCUGUUAUGCUGAAAGGCUUCAUGUGCAGGCGCGAGCCAGCUCCCUACAUUCAUUUAGUUGGUGAUGAUGACAGGAAUUACCCUGACAGUGGAGACCUUUUUUCACUAUUCUCAAAGUCAUCUGGAGUAACAGAGUUUGUUUUACCAACAGGAAAUAUCAGCCAAGACUUGAGGCAUUUGCUUUCAGAUGCUUACAUCUGUACAUGCAUUGUAGCUUCAAUUUCUGCUUCCUUUCUGUCCCUUUUGCACUGCUUUCCUUUAAGUUGUAGUAAGAUCUUCACUUUCUCCUUGGGUAGCUACCAGGCAUGAACAGCACUUCUCAGCUUUUCUUAUCUGACAUUCUGUUUGCCUGGGAAUGGAGGCAGAAAGGAGAUUGGGCUAACAUUACAGUAGAAGGGAUCAUCAGAAUGGGGGUCAUCUUGUUCUCAGUAUCUGCACUUUGUGUGAGGGAGCCUCCAGAGAUGCCUGUAAUACCAUGGGGAAGCUGCAUGGAAGGCUAGAUUCUUGUAUGUGCUUAAUACAGCAUACGUGGAACCUAAAGUGACAGUUCUUUCAGAUGUGAAUCUAACCCAUGGAUGCUUCAGUUCUGACUUCAAAGAACUGUUUGUCCAGACCAGUUCCUGCUUUCUAAUUCUCUUCCUUUCUGUGACCCAAAUUUUUAUUGGGCUCUAGCACUUCAGUAAAGUUUUAGAUAAGCUUCAUUAUAUUUUUGUAUUGUACUUCCAGAGGAAGUUCAGCGAUUACUUUAAAAAGCAUAGUUUGAAGUUUCAAUAUCAAUACUCACUUUGAUGAGACUUUUGGAUCUGUAUUUCAUCCCUAGAGUGGUCUACACAAUGAAGGAAGAAAAAGGAUAAAUGAUAAUACUCUUUAAGAACUCUAGUACUUCCCCAAACACUGUUUUUAUUUUCCCCACUACGGGUAAGCAGUUUAUGCAUUGCCUCUUAAUUCCGUCUUAAGAGGCAGUUACAGAACAAGAAACUUUAAUUAUAGUUCAGAAUUACUCUGUUCAACUUCUUGUCCUUAUUGCAUUGUUUCUAGUGAGCUAUGUACAAUGCUGCAUUGAAAUAUUUGUGACUCCUCAGAAAAAAAUGCAUACUUUUCCAAGAGCUGCAUACACUUAGGACACCAUCUUCCUCUCUGUCAUCUGUCAACGCUGUGUUCAUGUCCAAAAAAAGAGGAAAAAAAGUGGUGUUUCCAGCAAGCCAGAAACCCAAGUAACCAGAGUCUCCUGUCUCAUCCUGCCUUUUUGACCACAAAAUGUGGCUGUUUUGGAGAACGUGACCUCUGACACAGUGAGGAGAAAUGCUUUGCUGGUUAACAAAUGUCUCUGCUGAGAUGCCACUCCACAGCUUUUCAAUGUGGACAGGAUGGGAGUGGUUUGGGUGUUUUUUGGAAGAUUUUGUGCCCAGAAGAAACAGUCUCAGUCUUGGUUUUUUGGUGUUGGAAAAGGGAAUUUUAAAGUGUCCAGGCUGUCCUUCCUUCCUGCUCUCUUUCCCAGUGGAAAGGCAGAGGAAGCCCAGGCCUGCUGCCCGUGUUUGUGUGCAACACCAACGUCCACUGUUUUGCAUCAUGCUAAAAAUGUUUUCCUCCCCUUCCCUUUGCUUGCAGCGUUUCCUGCCAACCAUCUCUUCUGUCUCCUCUUCACUGUUAUCAGCCCUGGCACAUACUGCUUUUCUUCUUUGGUUGAUUCAGAUAUGGCUCUACUCUCUUAGCUUUUCUCUCCCCCCAUUCCCCAGUUAGAUGGAAAGUGCUGAGGCUGUGAAAAUCUCCUCUCUGUGAGCAGAAAAGAUACUAAAUUAAAGAGCUUGUGAUCAGACUCACUUAUCAAUUAUGCCAGAGGUAACUUUUAAAGAUAUUUGUGUUGUAUGAACAUAACAGCCUUGUGGUGAGCUAAUGAAAACAGUGGAGAGGAAGUAUUGUUUUACGGCUAGUAAGUCGGUCAAAGUCUUUGGUCUAGCACUGAGGCAGUAGCAAUGUGAGUUUAUAGUGAUUAAUAAAACAUAAUCUGGCUGCUGUUCACUUAGCUCAAUUGUCCAAAGUGGAACAUUUCACUGACACUUUGCCCCUCCCCAAGAGACAAGAAAAGUAUGUUGGCUUUUCUGUUACAAAAAAUAUCUUAGGCAGGAAUAACAUGCUUGAAAGUACUUGGUAGUGCUGAUUACCUGUACUCCAGCACAAGAGCUCCAGCCCAAUCCUUUUCAAACACUUCUCUCAGAACAUGGGGGAAAAUGAUGAUGAAAAAUACAGUCAAGCUGGCCAGAUAUUUGAAAACUUUGUACAAGCAUCAACAUGCAAAGGUACCAUUCAGGCCUUUAAUAUUCUCACUCGCCAACUUGAAUUAGAUCCUUUGGACAAUAGAAACUUUUACACCAAACUGAAGUCAAGAGUGACCACGUGGAAGGCCAAAGCUUUGUGGAACAAGCUUGAUAAAAGAGCAAGUCACAAAGAAUAUAAACGUGGAAAAUCUUGUAUGAACACUAAGUGUUUAAUUAUUGGAGGUGGCCCAUGUGGCUUGCGGACUGCCAUAGAACUUGCCUUUCUGGGAGCCAAAGUUGUCGUUGUGGAGAAGCGGGACACCUUUUCAAGAAAUAAUGUGUUGCAUCUCUGGCCAUUUACAAUCCAUGAUCUCCGGGGACUGGGAGCAAAGAAAUUCUAUGGAAAAUUCUGUGCAGGAUCUAUUGAUCACAUCAGUAUUCGACAGCUUCAACUUAUCCUCUUCAAAGUUGCACUUAUACUAGGAGUUGAAAUCCAUGUGAAUCUAGAAUUUGUGAAAGUCCUGGAACCUCCUGAAGAUCAAGAAAACCAAAAGAUAGGUUGGAGGGCUGAAUUUCUCCCCAUGGAUCACCCUUUGUCAGAGUAUGAAUUUGAUGUUAUUAUUGGUGCAGAUGGCCGCAGGAACACAUUAGAAGGUUUCAGGAGGAAGGAGUUCCGUGGAAAGCUGGCCAUAGCUAUCACUGCCAAUUUUAUAAAUAGAAAUACAACUGCAGAAGCCAAGGUAGAAGAAAUUAGUGGUGUUGCUUUCAUCUUCAAUCAGAAGUUCUUCCAGGAUCUUAAAGAGGAAACGGGAAUUGACCUGGAGAAUAUUGUUUACUAUAAAGAUAGUACUCAUUAUUUUGUGAUGACAGCAAAAAAGCAGAGUCUUCUGGACAAAGGAGUGAUUAUUAAUGACUAUAUUGAUACUGAGUUGCUCCUCUGUGGCGAGAAUGUGAACCAGAGCAAUUUGCUCUCCUAUGCUAGAGAAGCUGCUGACUUUGCAACCAACUACCAGCUGCCUUCCUUGGAUUUUGCAAUUAAUCACUAUGGUCAACCAGAUGUGGCAAUGUUUGAUUUUACUUCUAUGUAUGCAUCUGAAAAUGCUGCGCUAGUGAGACAGAGACACAGACAUCAGCUCCUGGUGGCUCUUGUUGGAGAUAGUUUGCUUGAGCCCUUCUGGCCAAUGGGUACUGGCUGUGCAAGAGGCUUCUUAGCUGCUUUUGAUACUGCAUGGAUGGUGCGGAGCUGGGCUCAAGGAAAACCCCCAUUAGAAAUUCUUGCUGAACGAGAGAGCAUUUAUCGACUCUUGCCUCAGACUACCCCUGAAAAUAUUAACAAGAACUUUGACCAGUAUACCAUUGACCCUGGAACAAGAUACCCAAAUUUGAACUCAAGCUGUGUUCGACCUCAUCAGGUGAGACAAUUAUAUGUUACCACUGAGUUACAACAAUGUCCUCUUGAAAGAGUGAGCUCCAUUAGAAGAUCAGUGAAUCUCGCAAGACACGAGUCAGAUAUUCGACCUAACAAGCUUUUGACCUGGUGUCAGAAGCAGACAGAAGGGUACCGUAAUGUUAACAUCACAGACCUGACUACCUCCUGGAAAAGUGGCCUUGCACUGUGUGCUAUUAUCCAUCGCUUCAGACCUGACCUCAUUGACUUUGAUGCUCUGAAUGAAGAGGAUGUUGUCAAAAACAACCAGCUGGCAUUCGAUGUUGCUGAGCAGGAGUUUGGGAUCCCCCCUGUGACCACGGGGAAGGAGGUGGGGUCGGCUGGGGAGCCCGACAAGCUCAGCAUGGUCAUGUACCUCUCCAAGUUCUAUGAACUGUUCAGGGGCACACCGCUGCGGGCAGUAGAUGCUGGUGAGAAGCAAAAUGGAGAACAUAACGAUCUUUGUUCAGCAAAAUCAUCCAAUUUCAUCUUUAAUAAUUACAUCAAUUUAACUUUUCCAAGAAAACGAGUACCAAAGGUUGAAGGGAAAACAGAAGAAAAAGAGUCUAAUAAAAGACGUCGAAAAGGUCUUUUUGGUGUCUUCGAGGAGACUUCAGGCUUUUCAAGCCAAGGGAUAAAUGGAAAAGAACAGAGUGAUGGCAGAGAAGGAACAAACCAGAAUAAAGUUAAAUCAAUGGCAACUCAACUGUUGGCAAAGUUUGAAGAGAAUGCUCCAAAUACAAUUUUUCGGAGGCAGGAGCUAAUAGAUAGACGAGGCCUGCUUUCUUCUGACCCUCCUGUUAAUCCUCGCUUUGCUAAGCCUAAGGAUGCAAGUCUUCUUCCUCCUCAACCAAAAAGGCAGUUUCAGGUGCUAGCUAGGAGUGAACACGAGGUCAGGGAACCCAAACAGUCUUUAGAUGGUUCUGAUCAUAUGGCCAGGAAAGCAAAGACUGUACAAAAAACAGAUACCCAACCCAGUCUGUCAGAAACCUCUGAAAAUCUCGCAUCUGCCUGUUCUGCUGCAUUUGUACUUUCUGGAGUGCUUGAGCGUCUUCAGCACCUGGAGGAAAAAAUGAAACAGAAAAGAGCUCAGACCGUAGCAAACAGGGAAUUCCAUAAAAAGAACAUUAAAGAGAAAGCAGCACAUCUUGCCUCAAUGUUUGGAUACAUGGAGCUUCCAAAGAAUAAACUAUCUACUAAAGGCUUAUCCUAUUCUCAGCCCCCAACUCCUUCUUGCCCUCCACCUCAUGACUCGGCUGCUGCCUCUUCUCCAUCAUCUGUCGAUUCAGCUUCCCCUGCUGCUCCUUCUAGACAGAUGACUGUAGGAAAGGUAUCAUGUGCAAUUGGAGCUGUGGCUGAAGUUCUUGUCAAUCUGUAUGUGAAUGAUCACAGACCCAAGCCACAGCUUAACCCCCUUGAACUGGCAUCUCUGCGAAAAGAAUUCCCUCAGUCUGUCGGGGGGAGUGACAUUUGUUACUUCUGCAAAAAACGGGUAUACGUUAUGGAGCGGCUGAGCGCAGAAGGCCACUUCUUUCAUAGGGAGUGCUUCAAGUGUGAAGUAUGUUCUACAACACUCCGCUUAGGAAUUUACGCCUUUGAUGUUGAGGAAGGUAAAUUUUACUGCAAACCUCAUUUUACACACUGCAAAAUCAGUACUAAGCAGAGAAAGAGAAGAGCAACCUUACAGAUCCAAGGAAAGGAGACAGCAGAAGCAUGGAAGAAAGAGGAACCCAAACCCACAGAGACCACCACAGAAAGCACUUUGUCUACUGCUAGCAGUCCAGAGGACAGGUCCCCAGGUAUCCUGACUUCCUUCUUUAGGGGCACACUAAGCUGGCCCCUUCGGGUGACAAGGGAUCUGCUUGACAUUCCCAGACGCCUGUCUAACUGGAUGCAUGGUUUUCUGCACGCUACCAAUCUUCAUUUCAGGGACAAUGCAUAUAACUAUACCUACUUGUAUGAACUCUUGAGCCUUGGUGUGCCAUUCCUCUGUGCUCUUCUAGAGGUACUUACUCAUAUGUACCGGGAAGCAGAGCUAUCACUUGAAAAUGUGCUUGAAUGGGUGAAAAAAAUUCUGUACGAGGUGAGGAAGGAGUACGUACUGAGCAUGCAGCAAAUGGCGGAACUGACUUUCUUUAACAGCCACUUGCAGCAACCUUGGGCAGUGCUUAUUGCCAGCAUGGAUCACUGCCUGCCCACAGCUGAUGAGCCCACUUCCCCAAAGAAGGCAAAGAGCAUCUCUGAGUGCCGUGACUUGGAAAGCUGGUUCUCACCUCCUUCCCCUGAGUGGGCCACCGUGAGGGUCAUCCCUGAGGAGGAGAUGACGGAGCACAACCUUCUCGCUAUCCGAGUCAUGGUCACCAGUGACACAAGCAGGUACUUUAAAAUACAAGCCAAUUACAGUAUUGCAAAUGCUGUUUACCUCUCUUCAUCCUGGUGUACAGCCUUGCAGGCAGAAGGACCCAUCCCUGCUAACCAAGAAGUGGUAUUUCACCAAAGUUUGUCUCGGCAGCAGUUUGAUUUCAGCUCCGAGCUGGAGGAGUCUGAUUUUAACGGCGACUCAUCAAAUUCGGAAGUGAACGGAGGACAGACCUUGCUGCUGGAGCUCCCCACCUGCCCGAGCCCCGUCCAGAGGUGGGCAUCGCUCACCAGGAGCUCUGUGGCAGUGGAGGAAAGCCCCAAAACAUCCAAAGUUGCUGAUGCACUGCAGAGAGCCAACAGUUUUCACUCAACCGCGUUAAAUAAGUAUCAGAAUUGGAGGAGAAAACUCCAAACGAGCUUCCCAUUACUGUGCAGCAAGAAACCUGGGCCACAUGGGAAGGACAGCUCAGCCAGCUGUCAAAAUGGUCCUGGAGAGAAUCCCUCCCAAACACAGUUGGCUCAUAAGAAACCACCGGAAAUCACAAGAAGACAUUUCAAACCCUACAGCCCAGUAUUUCAAAGAAAAGAAAAAGCCAGAGAGAUGCAUGAAGACAUCCAUGUCUAUGUGCCCCAUUGUUCUCCUUUUCAGAGCAGUACCAGAGGUUCCCCAUGGACCCCUCCUGGGAAUGGGACACUGGCUGAUUUUUCUGAGGCUGAAGAUACAGAUAGUGACAAUGGGACAUACAAAGCCCAGGGCUGGAAGGAAGAAACCCAGAAAUAUACUUCUGAACCAGAAGAUAUUAUUAGGAAGACAAAAGUGCUGUCAUCUCUGGAUUUGCAGGAGAAAGAUGGCAAAAAUACAAGGCACCCAGAAGAAAAGCUUGAGCAAGAACUAAAGGAGGCAAAAAAGAGGCCGGUGCUAUGUGCUCAACAGCUGCCCUUGUCAUAUGAUUCUAACAGGACAGACUUAGGCAGAACUAGCUCAGGGUAUCAAAACAAAGGAGUGCUGUGGACUUCACAGGAGAACAAUGCUGACUGGGCAAAAGUUGUGUUCAAACAGUCUGGUUGUCCUGUGCCUCUCUUAUUUGCUGAUGAUGCUCCAUCAGCUUUGCCAGUUAACACAAAAGAUGCUCUGAGGAGUCCAGAUGUAGUUGCCAGGGAGCUUGCAGCUGGCCCACCAAAGUCACCACUGAAGCUCAUAGCCAAUGCUAUCAAAAGGUCCGUUUUUGAGCCUCUGACCUCAUCUUCAGAGGGACCAAAGCAAGACUCAAACAGCAAAGUCAGAGUCUCCUCAGAAAAAGGUUUCUUCAGCCUCCCCAGUACUCCUGGCUAUUCCCUAAGCCAAAGGAACAGUAACAAUAGCUGGGGAAAUAACACUCAGCCACCAGAGCUUAAAGCAGGGGAGUGGGCAGGAGAAUAUUUAGGAAAUGGGAGCAAUUUCUCAAAUUCAUGUAAUUUUUCUGUUGUCUCUGAAGAGAGAUCUCCAAGGGGUUACAACAAGGAGGUAUCCUUCCCAGUUUACAGUUCUCACACCAGGUCUUCCCAGACAGCCAGUAUACCUCAGAAAUCAACUUGCACUAGGAUGGAGGAUGUUCCAGGACUCCUAGAAAAGUUUACCUUCAAAGAUACUCUUCCAGGGGCUCCCAUGGAUGACAUGUUUAUCUGUAAUGAAAAGUACCUCCUUCUUUCAUCUCCAGAGCCCAAGAACACCCCCAAGGACAAUCUGAAUGACUCUGCACAGAAGAGUAGUCUUGGGUCCCUCUUUGAUAGACUGAGAAGUAAAGUUCAUGACAGAGAAGGGAAUUCCUUUGUGUCAUUUCUGCCUUUUGUGAGGGACCAUUCUCCAGAAACCAGGCUCUGUUAUCCUUCCACAGGAUGUGAACACCUAACUGUUAGAAAACAAGCUACUGAGUAUUCCACUUCUUCCUCUGAUGAUGAAUUUGAAUGCAAGCCUUCAUUAACACACAAGGCAAAAUGGUCUAUCAGAAGGAGAAGGAAGCUGGAGAGGGAGACAAAGCAAUUGAUUAAACAAGAGGAACUGAAGAGGCUUCACAAAGCACAGGCAGUCCAGCGACAGCUAGAAGAGUUGGAGGAAAGACAAAGAGCUCUGGAGAUUUUUGGUGUCAAACUGGAGAGAGAACUAAGAGGAGAAUCAGAUUCAGGCACAAAGGAUGAAACUCAGAUGCUGCAUGAAUGGUUUGAGCUGGUCCUGGAGAAGAAUAAAUUAAUGCGUUAUGAGUCUGAGCUCCUGAUUAUAGCCCAAGAGCUAGAAUUGGAAGACCACCAAAGCAGGUUGGAACAAAAACUGAGAGAGAAGAUGGCCAUUGAUGACAGCCUUAAAGACGAAAUGGAUCUGAAUGAGGAGGUUGAAAUUUUUACUGAGAUGAUGAAAGUGGUUGAAGAAAGGGAUAAACUUGUGUCUACCUUAGAGGAGCAGAGAGUGAAAGAAAAAGCAGAAGACCAGCACUUUGAAAGCGUUAUAUUAUCUAGAGGCUAUCAGCAGAGCAGGAUUUAGACAGCCACAUGCAAAUAAACAUGAUUUCAGCAAUAUUCAUAAUCGUGGAGAUACAGUAUUAUGAAAAAUGGAGAAAUUCAAAUUGAAAAUCAGUUUAUUUGGGAAACAUGUUGCUUUCUUAUCAAAAGUGCUUAAGCAGUUCUUUUGCAUAUACCAGAGUGAGUCAUUUCACUAUCAGCUUAAAGGAUCACGGGAAUACAGAAUAGGACUGAAUUUACCUCUCUGAUGGGCAUCAGAGUCUGUGAAAGGGAAAUCAGAGCUCUGUUGUUUUCUUGGAAUUUUAUUUUAAUGCUGAGAAUAGAGUUUCUGAGAAGCAUGGUGACAUAAUUUAGUAUUUUUGAGACAACGUUACUUUCCAUGUGUUUAUCUGAAUCUGUAUGUGGUUUUGUUAAUAUUUUGGCACAGCCAAGCCAUGGUGAACUAUUUAAAGGUCAGAAAGCAAGCAUCACAUAAAAACAAGGUUAGUCUGUAUUUCUGGUGGAGGAAGUGUCAUUUGAUUAAUAACUACAUAUAAGCACUCAUUAAAACUACUGUAAAUGCAGUAUCAGAAAUUAAUUUUCCAGGUAUUUGCAAGUUUUAGUGCACUGUGUAUUUUUGAACAAGUUAAAGCAAUAUUAAAUCCCUACAUUUUGUACAAUGGUAAGGGAUUAUCAAAGGGGUUACUACCCUUAAAACUGUUAAAUGCUCAAAAAAGCUUUUGUAUGUCACAGAUUAAGGUCUUUAAAAUAUGCUAAAUGAUAGUUUAAAACUAAUAAUCCAAACCCAAUUAGUAUUUGUAGGGUAGGCUUUACAAUGGCUUGAUAAAAUACAUUGCACGUAGUAUCAUAGGGUGUGAUGAGUUAAAAAUCUCCCUGAGAAUAAUUCCUCAAAAGGAUUGCAAAAACAAGUGUUGAUUUUUUUUUAAUGUCAACAUCUGACAGAAAAUAUUGUGGGUAUAUUUACACUACAUCUAUCUUGCUGCUUAAGAACACACGCAUAUUUUUUGCUUAAAGGAAAUAUCUCCUGUCUUCUCUGUAUAUGUGUUUGUAGAUAUUGGCAAAGCGUAUGUGCAGGUUCUCUUUAGUAUUCUGUGUAAUUCAAGUACUUUAUUAAAUCUGAGAUAAUUCUGCAAUUUAAGAUUGGUAGUAGGUCCAACUGUAUGUAUGAUGCACUAGAUUUUCAAAGUGGAAAAAACAAGGAGAAACUUAGACUUUCUUUUUGAAUAUCACUUUACCUCAUGCACAGAGAAGAUUUGAUAUUCUCAUUCUUUCAUGAAUGGUACUUAUUCGCAGCAGUUGCCCAGGGUACAGGCAAAGCUAGAAGCAUUCCUGUUACAAAAGCUUUAAGCUAAAAAACCUCUUGGUAAGUAUUUGUAGAGUAACAGACACACUGGAUCCUGUCACAACAAUUUAUGAAUUAUCUUAAGUUUUUGCUGUAUUGUAAGAAAUUUACCCUUUCUAAAGAUAUAAGCAAGAUUUUACUAUUGACCACAGAAAAAUAAUAUACCUCUAUUAGUGCAAGGAAUAUAUGACUGUUCCUCAAUAUUUAUGUAUUUAUAUUUAUUUAUUAGACUGUUUAAAGAGGAUAAGAGUGUCUGGUUACAUUUUACAGUUUGGAUGUUGUCUCUGAUUUUGAUACGUAGAUGUGUAUUUCUAACAGCUAUGUAUAGGUAAUGGUGUGCAUUGUAGAGUAGAUAGCUUUAUCGAUUCGGUAAAUAAUUAGUAAAAAAAUAUGAAUUAAGAUUUUAAAAAUAUGUUCUCAGUUACCAUAACUUGAAGGGAUACCCUUAAAGCAUACCAUGUAGGGCUUUAAUAGUAAAAUUUGUCUUUCAGCACAGUGGGAAGACAAAGCAGAAUCCUUAAAUGUGUUCCAAAAUUACCAUCAGACUUUUUUUUUUUCCUCUGUCAUUCAUAAGCUAAGCAUACCUGAUCUUCAGGUUACAUUUUUAUUGAGAUGGAUUGCAGCAAUUGAUUUUUAAAUUAACUCUAUUACUUAAGAUUGACACAAAGUAGGAGCAGGCAGAGCAGUAAUAAGUAUUUUAAUUUUCUCUGUUGAGGUCUGCUUGUAUUUCCAGUUUUGUGGAGAAAAUUUAUGGAUUUUAUCACUGUUCCCAGAAGCCUCAUGUAAUCAUGUAGAGCAAGACUGUCUGGAACAUUGUCAGUUCACUGUAGAAGAUGGAGAGCCAUAAUGCUUUCAAGGUAUUUAGUAAAAGAAAAAAAGCAAGCAAACUUCUUGAUGCUUUGCACGGAAGGGGAAUUCAGCAGAAACCUCCAGCUAUAUCAGUCAAAGAUUGGUUUUCUUCACCUUGCUUUUACAAACUAAAAAUUCCAUUCACCUUAGUGCUGCUGCCAUGAAAAGAGGAAGAGGAAGGGAAUAAUUAGAGAAACAUGAUUGCUCUCCUCUACCAAAGUCCAGUCUGGUCACUCCAGGGAGGUACACAUGCUGCAAUCAGUAAGGUUCAGGUUGCUCUGCAUUGUAUUUAAGCCCUGAGAUUUCAGUUUACAGCAGAUACUUGUUUGGCUAUAAGACCAAAUACAAAAAAAUGCUUUCCUUUUAGCUCCAAAGAUUUGAGUUCUUGGGAGUAUUAGAGUCAACAGAAGCUGAGGGCCAUCAGCAUUUUGUGGACCUCAAGUAUAUUCUUUGCUAAAAAGAUUAUUUUCUGGAUGCCAUGGAGUCAUAACACGUGUCACCCAAAACUGUGUCCACUCUUUGGUGGAAUAAACCUGUCAGGCAACUGUUACCUGCCUGAUAGGAAGUACUUCACAAGAUUAGAUCCAGAAAUAAACCAUUCAAGUGAUUUAAAAAAAAAUAAGCUCUUAAGUCCUUUAAAGCAGGUCUUCAUAUAGUAUAAGAGUAGAGAAGCAGGUUAAAAAAGAGAAGCUAUGUGCACUGUUCACAGGUCAAUUUAAUAUGGUUGGCUUGUAUUAGAAAUGUAUUUAAACAUUGGUUUGGUUAUGAGUCUUCUUGCUGCUCAAUCUUUUCUGUAAAUUGACUUGUUACCCUGUAAUAGAUUUGUUCAUUUUUAAGUCCUUAGAGCUGUCAUUUUUUGGUAUAGUGUGAUGUGCUGGAAUGUAUUGAGUAUGUGUAAAUGGACUAGAUGUGAACAAUUUUCUAUUUGAAAAAAUAAAAUUAUCUCACUCUCUGAA